CGCCAUGGCAGGCCCAAGUUCACGCUCCUCUUCAGCCAUGGCAAUGCAGAAGAUAUUGGAGUGAACAAGCUCUUCUGCGAAUGGUUUGCCGAGCAGCUGCAGGUUGACAUCGUGACGUAUGACUACACGGGGUAUGGAAUGGCAGCCGGAGAUCCGGCGGAGAAGCAUCUUUACAGUGACAGCACAGCGGUGUAUGACUGGAUGAAGAGCGACCUCAAGCUGCGGUCCGAUGACAUCAUCCUAUACGGCAAGUCCUUGGGAACUGCUGCUACCGUCGACCUUGCCGGCCGCAAGCCAUGCAUCGGCGUCGUCCUCGUUUGUCCUCUAGCGAGCGGAGCUCGAGUUGUCUUUCCC